GCUGAGUUUGAAGAUAAAAGUGACACACCCUCUGGGGGGGAUCUCGAGUACGCUGAGGAGUCUGAAGACGAGCCCAUUGUUAAUUGUGAGCGCAUAUCCAAAAGAAAACAAGAUGAUGGGGGAAAGGGUCAGGAAAGUAGUAGUGAGGAAUUGGAAGAUUAUGCCGAUUCAGAUUCUGGCAACGAUCGGGGAGAAGAUGGGGGAGAAGAUCGGGAAGACGAGCCUAUUGUUAGUAGGGAUAUAAAUGAGGGAUCUCAACUUGCUUGCAACACCCAGUCGCUUGACAUUGAUAUCACCGGCUUUACUGCAACACAAAGAGAUGGUACACAAGAAGUUGACAUCACCGGGCUGCAGAGUCAACAAAAUGAUGAUGAAAUACAAGUUCAAAGCAAGGAGAAAGGUAUCCCUCAAGGCAAAGAAGACAACAAAGAUGGUGAUGACAAAGAAGAAGACAAAAAAAAACACACCACUAGCAAAUUGUGAUGAUGCUAAAGGCAAACAACUAAGGAAAGAUGACGACCAAGAUGAUGAAGGGUAUAGUGGGGACAACAAUCCCGAAGAGCAAGCUGCAAGCAAUAUAGGGGACGAAAGUGGGAAUGCAAGUCAAAGGUUAACACCUCAAAAUUCUAAAGGGACAGCAGAUACAAAAGUCUCAGGCAAGUGCAGUGAUGACCAUCUGGAGCCUAGGGAAGAAAAUACGCUGAGUAUCAGAGAAGAGAUGGAAGCAUUAGGGCUACUUGAUGAUACAAUAUCAGGUCGUGCGACUGCAAAGCAAAUGGUUUUUGAACCGAUAGAGAUUUUAGAAGUGAGUGCAAUAGCGGAGGUGAAGAAAAUGGUUGAGGAUUGCAUGCAUCCACUACCUAUGCCAGACUCCGGAUUAAAUCUGCCACUCAAAGAAGAAUCUGAGAAGUUCGAGGCUAAACAAAUCAAAGAUGCCAUCGACAACCACCUUUCUCCUGAAACAAAAAAAGAAUUGAGGACCAAGAGAACUGCUACAAGGACAGAUUUUAUGACUAGAAAGAAGUUGGCUGCUGAAAGUCUGAAGGCUGCAUGCCACUUGCCUCCACUUGCACCCAAAAAGGAUAAUGGAAAGAAAACUUCAGACAAAAUGCAGCUCCCCCAAGAAGUAAAGGGUUCAAACGAACUCAAACAAAACAGCAAAAGCCCACAGAGCAAUGAAAAUAAAAAAGAUGAAGCAUCUGCAGCAUCAUCAACAACAGCAAGAAUAAAUGUUUACACCAAGAAGCCAAGGAAAAUUUCAACUGAAAUGGAAAAGCUAGUAGAAGCCUCGCUUCCAACAGACAAGGGUGAAGAGAGCAAAGGCCCGCUGGCAGCCAAAAAGUUAGAUGAGAAAGCAAAGGGCAUUUCCGGUGAGGGAGGAAGCAAUCUUCCAAUCAUGCGCACUAUUGAGGAGAUCAAGAAAUCUAAAGGAUACAGGGAUGCCCCAGACGCACCCAGUUUCUCACUUGGGUUUGAUGAUGUUACCCAGAAGAGCCCAAUUAAAUCAACUACUGAUGAUUUUAUCACCUCCUCAAUGUUUGACCAACUUUGUGAUGAUGCCAUGAAGAACUCAGCGAAGCAUCAAGAUUACUCCACCAUAAACACAAACCCCACCAUAAACACAAACCAUUUGAGCCCGGAACAAGAAACCAUAUACAAUGAAAUUUGCAAGUGGAGGUCGCGGUCCGGUGCUGAUAUCAGCUACUGCGAGUGA